UUUGUUUUUUAAUAAAUCAGAAUUUAGUUUACUGCCCGCUGGAACCAACAUGUUGAGACUAACAGCGUAAAGAUCGAGAGGAAGACGGGAAUGAGGUGUUGCGUCCCGGCACAAGAGUGGCUGGUGACCAAUCUCGAGGGGGAUGCGCUGCGUGAGACGGAGUUAUGAAGUUGAAGGGAUCGAGUCGGCGGUUGCGUUACCGCUUGGUUGUGCCCGUCAUCCUCGUCAUGGCCCUGCUUCUCCCCUUGGUCUUCAUCAGGGCCGCCUCCAUUUGUUGCUUAGGGUGGAGGAUUGGGCCUCGGUUGUUACUUGAUUCAUCUCAGGAUUUCAUGAAGGAACUAAGGAGAAUAUACUUGGAGGGGGCGGACGAAGGGGAACAUAAUUUACAUCAAAGGUUGGUGAAUGCUGCACCGGAUUCGUUGGAUGAUCUGAUAUCAGAAAUGAGUUCUCCCUCUUUCUAUCAACACCUUGACCUCAGAACAUUCUUGUUGAAGACCAAGGCCAUGGUACGUCUGCCCUUUAUGAAUCCUCUUGCAGAGCUUUAA